AUGGAUGAAGGAAGCAAAGCAUUUGUGCUUGGUGGUGAUUGUGUAGAAUUCAAGCUAGUUGAGGAUAACAAAGGGCUUGUAGCUAAUGGGGAUUUAGGGAGUAAGAAGACGAAGGGUGUAUGGUUAUUGGGGUUUUUAUUGGGGAUUAUGGGGGUGUCCAACCUGGUUGAGGAUAACAAAGGGUUUGUUGUAUCCCCUUGGGCUUUGGCUUGGUGUGGACCUCCAGGUGAUACUUCUACUAGUGGGAGAAUUGGGGGUGGGUUAGGGUUUUGUAGUAUCAUGGAAAAAGACAAGGCUUUGGGUGGAAGACUAUUUUUCGGAUGUCCAUGUGUAUUGUUGUCAGAGGAUCGUAUCAGCAGUGGUGUGCACACUAUGUACGACCAUGGAUCAUGCAUUGUGCCUGGCAGUACUGUGGUCCCCGGUGGUAUAGAGGCUAGGGUUUCACGCACCAUCCCUGAUGGUUCAGAUUCCAAAUUUUUCAAUGAUGCAAUGUCUGAUGUUAGUUGUUACUCAGGGGCUGUCCAUGGCGAGGCUCGCAGGUAUGGCCCAUAUGCCAAGUUACAUCCCAUUCUACUUGAAGGUUUACACCCAUUUUGA